AUGGAGAACCGAACUGCGGUGGUGGAGUUCAUCCUCUUGGGUUUCACCAAUGACCGCCGCCUACAGCUCCUGAUUUUUGUGGUGCUCCUAGUCGCUUAUCUCUUUACCAUCGCGGGCAACAUUCUUAUUAUCACUAUCACCCUGGUGGACCAGCGUCUCCAGACCCCCAUGUACUACUUCCUCCAGAACUUCUCCCUCCUGGAAAUCAGCUUCACUUCUGUUAUCAUCCCAAAAGCAUUGGCCAACAUGGCAUUAGGCAGUCAAACCAUUUCUUUAACUGGAUGUUUUGCUCAAUCCUUUCUCUAUUUUAUCCUGGGUACCACCGAGUUCCUUCUGUUAGCAGCCAUGUCCUUUGAUAGAUAUGUGGCCAUCUGCAAUCCUCUACGAUACAGAGCCAUCAUGAGUGGUCAAGUCUGCACUCUCUUGGCAUUGGGCUCCUGGAUUGGAGGCAUAUUGAUUAUUAUUGCUCCAACGAUUGUACUGUUCCAGUUGCCUUUCUGUGGCCCGAAUGUGAUUAACCAUUUCUUCUGUGAUAGCACACCAUUGAUUAAGCUUGCCUGUGCAGACACAUGGCUCAUAGAGUGCAUAGGCUUCAUCACAGCUCUGCUUUCGGUGCUGGGCACUCUAGCAAUCACCCUUGUGUCCUACAUCAAGAUCAUCUCCACCGUGAUGCACGUCCCAUCUGCCCAGGGGAGGCAGAAAGCUUUCUCCACCUGCACCUCUCACAUCACCGUGGUCUCCAUCACCUACGGGAGUUGCAUCUUCAUGUAUGUCAAACCUAUGUGGAGUGGCGGGCUGGACCUCAGCAAGGCUGUGGCUGUUCUCAACACGGUGGUGUCCCCUCUGCUCAACCCCUUCAUAUACAGCCUGAGGAACAGGCAAGUUCAGGAGGCAGUGAGGAAGGCCAUUGGCCAGAUGAUUAUGAUUGGGCAAAAAAAAUGGAAAUGA